CAAAGACAUAAAGCCUUCCUGUCACUCGCCAGUCAAGGCAUGUACUCCUCGCCACAAAUAUGGCGGACAAAGAGGCGACAGUUUACAUUGUGGACCUGGGGAGGUCAAUGGGGCAGCGCUACCAUGACCGGUCGGUGACGGACCUCGAAUGGGCUAUGCAGUAUGUCUGGGAUCGCAUCACCGGAACGGUGGCAACUGGACGUAAAACAGCUGGAGUAGGUGUGAUCGGACUCAGGACCGACGACACCUCGAAUGAGUUGGAGGAUGACGCCGAUUUCGCGCAUAUCUCCGUACUAUCGGAGAUAAAGCAGUUUCUUAUGCCUGAUAUUCGAGCCUUGAGUGAGACAAUACAACCUAGUAAUACCAACAAGGGCGAUGCUAUCUCUGCCAUCGUGCUUGCGAUUCAGAUGAUCAUUACACACUGCAAGAAACUCAAGUAUAAGCGCAGAAUCGUCCUAGUCACCAAUGGCAAGGGACCGCUGAAUACGGACAGUCUCAGUGAGAUUACCAAAAAGAUCAAGGAGGACAACAUCGAACUUACCAUUAUUGGACCUGACUUCGAUGAUCCGGAGUAUGGGGUUAAAGAAGAGGAUAAGGACCCCCGAAAGGCUGAAAACGAAGUUAUUCUGCGGAGCCUUGUCGAAGACUGCGACGGAGCCUACGGGACUCUUGAGCAGGCCGUGGCAGAGUUGCAGAUCCCUCGAAUCAAGAACGUCAGAGUAACAGCAACGUUCAAGGGCUUUCUGCAACUCGGAAAUCCAGAAGAAUAUGAUACGGCGGUCCGUAUCCCUGUGGAACGAUAUUUCCGCACACACGCCGCAAAACCUCCAUCUGCAAGUCAAUUCGUUCUACGCUCAGACCUUGCAGCUUCACAGGAGCAACCCGAGUCUUCUGCAACCAUGGCUGGCACCCAGGGAACUCAGCCAACUGACGGGAGUUCUCUGACGAAUGUUCGAAACUUGAGAGCUUACCAGGUCACUGACGAGGAAGCUCCGGGUGGGAAGAGGGACGUGGAACUUGGUGACCUUGCUAAGGGAUAUGAGUACGGGCGGACGGCAGUGCAUAUCAGUGAAACUGACGAAAACAUCACAAUACUCGAGACCUAUGCAGCUCUGGAGCUUCUAGGUUUCAUCCAGAGCGAUCGCUAUGAACGCUACAUGCACAUGUCGACCACCAACAUUAUCAUCGCGCAGCGUGCCAAUGAUAAAGCCGCGCUGGCGCUGUCUUCAUUCAUUCAUGCACUUUUCGAGCUGGAAUGCUAUGCCGUGGCUCGCCUGGUAGUCAAGGAGAACAAGCCACCAAUCGUGGUCCUUCUCGCACCGUCCAUCGAGCCCGACUACGAAUGUCUGCUCGAAGCCCAGUUGCCAUUCGCCGAAGACGUCCGGACGUAUCGGUUUCCCCCUCUCGAUAAGGUCCUUACCGUGUCCGGCAAAGUGGUAACGCAGCACCGGAACCUUCCCAGCGAGGAUCUUAUGGAUGCAAUGGAGAAGUAUGUGCUGAGCAUGGAGCUUACCGACACCGACGAGAACGGAGACCCCGUCGACACACUUCCGAUUGAGGAUUCCUUCUCCCCGGUCCUGCACCGCACGGACUCAGCGAUACGUUUCCGAGCCAUCCAUUCCGACAAGCCCAUCCCUCCGCCUUCAGAAACCCUGACCAAAUUCUCCAACCCUCCACAAGACCUGGUAGAGAAGUCCCAAAAGCAGCUGGAGAAACUCAUCGCGAUCUCCGGCGUCAAGAAAGUACCGCCCAAAGCCAAGGGCCGCAAGCGCACCCGCGAGACAGAGAAGCCACUAUCGGGUCUCGACGUGGACGCGCUGCUUCACCAAGAAAAGCGCACGAAGAUCUCGCCCAACAAUGCCAUCCCGGAGUUCAAGCAGACCCUUGCACAAGCUGAGAACAUCGAGACCAUCACGGAGGUAGUGAAGCAGAUGAGUGCUAUCAUCGAAGAUCAGAUCCGGCAUAGUCUCGGCGACGCAAACUACGACCGAGUCAAGGAGGGUCUCGGCACGAUGCGCGAUGAGCUGAUAUCCUACGAAGAGCCGGCGCUGUACAACGACUUCCUGAGGCAGCUCAAGGACAAGAUCCUUAAUGAGCAGCUUGGUGGGGACCGGCGUGAGCUGUGGUGGCUGAUCCGGAGGAGUAAGUUAGGCCUGAUCGACCAACAGCAGUCGGAUCAAUCCGACGUAACGGAGGAGGAGGCCAAGGCGUUCAUGUCUGCCAAGUAGGUAGCCAAACCAGGAUGAGAGCAAUAAGAUUAAUGAACC